AUGGAUUUAGGAACAUACCUGAAACAAAACCAUAAUCGACUUAUAUGGAAAGAAAGGAUACAAAUUGCUUAUGAUAUAAUAGAUGGAAUUUACAGAAUUCAUGGAGAAAAAGAAAUUCAUCGUGAUUUGCAUUCUGGAAAUAUCUUAGAAUAUAAUGAAAGAUUUCAUAUUAGUGAUCUUGGAUUUUGUGGACCUGUUGAUAAGCCAUUAAAUAGUAUAUAUGGAAAUCUUCCUUAUAUAGCACCAGAAGUAAUUAUUGAGAAAAAGACUAGUUUUAAAUCUGAUAUUUAUAGUAUAGGUAUACUUAUGUGGGAAAUAUCAUCUGGAAAACCACCAUUUGUCAAUUAUGAACAUAAUUAUGAUCUUGCAAUGAAUAUUGUAAAUGGAAUGAGACCAAAAAUAGUACCAGGAACUCCUUUGGAAUAUAAAAAAUUAAUGGAACAGUGUUGGGAUGCUGAUUUAACGAAAAGACCUAAUACUUAUACAUUAAUGAGUGAAAUUAAGCAAUUAUUAUUAGAUUUUCAAAGCAAUCAAGAUGAGAGCCAAAAGCAAAUAAGUUCCGAUCAAAAUCAUCAAAUAUUAAAUAAUUACUAUUUACAUAAUUCUAUUGAUUCUAUGAACAAAAAUUAUACUAAUAAAAUUUACAGAUUUGAAAAUUUUCCUGAACCGAAAAAUGCAACAGAAGGUAAAAUUAUUAAUAUUAUUUUGGAAUAUUAUAUUACGUUAAAGAAUAUACUAACAUUUUUUAUUUUUCAUUUAAUAAAAUUAUAA